AUGGCAGAAGGCAAACGGUCUAUGGGGCAAAAGGUAAAAUCUGAUUUGUCCCACGGCGUUCUGAGCAGUUCUAAUAGAAUUGAUCGUGCUGAAAGUGAUAUUACGGCAGACUGGAAUGCUGCGAAUGGAUUAUGGGGUAAAAGGUUGGAGCCAAGAUUUGCUUCUUUUUCAGAUCACAAAUAUACUUCAGAUAUGACAUAA